AGGCGGCGAUGGAGCAGCCUGCUCCUGAAGUCUUCCAGAUUUCAUUUGUGUUCCCAAAUGGAGACACUUAUGAUGGCGAAUGUACAUGGUCACCUUAUGGAUCGCUGAAGAGAAAUGGAAGAGGAGUCCAUCGAAGUACUGCUGGUGUAACUUACUUUGGAUCCUGGAAGAAUGACAGGAUGAAUGGUACUGGAAAAUUAGAACAUCCUUCAGGAGCAAUCUAUGAAGGGGAAUUUGUGGAUAAUAUGUUUCAUGGUAAAGGUGCUUAUACAUUUCCUGAUGGAUCUAGAUACGUUGGAAGCUUCAACCAGAACAAGAUGGAGGGAGAAGGUAAAUACGUGGACUCACAGAAGCUCGAGUGGAAAGGAAUAUUUUAUGACACAGCUGCACCAGGACUGAAGCUAAAGUUGGAGAUGUAGUUUUUAUCCUAAAAUCUUCUACAAUGUAUUGUAUUUUGUGCCAUAUUGCAGUUCAUAUUAUCUAAUAUGUACAGAAGAAGUGUGUGUGUGUGUGUGUGUGUAUAUAUAUACUGAAAGCCCUUCUCAAUUUUUGUAAGUUAUUGCAACCACCUUGGUAUUUGUUGUAAUAUGCUGAAUGUGCCAGUAGGGGGCAAUCUACAUAGAUAUUGUACUAGGUGGGGACACUAGAAGGAGUAUAUAAUGGAAAAUAAAAUACUGUAUGAUGUGCACUGUCAGAUACUAGCAAGUGCAAUAACAAUCUCAUUCUCACAGCAGCUCACUGUAGUAUAAACCUAAUGUAUGUAUGUACAGCAUAGUAUUUAAGCAAUUAUGUUGUUCAAUGAUAU